CCGCCGAUUCAUCGCGCCGAAGCUUUGAGUUGCUUAAUAGUCAAAUAGUGCAGGGCCAGGACUAAUACGUUGACGCGAAGAAUUUUGAUGUAGUCACUUGACAUCUGUCAAGUCAAAACUAGUCGUUCUGUGGUAUAGGUUAUAAAUCAAUCUGUGUUUCAAAGAAAUAACCGUCGACUUACUAAUUAACAACAUAAAAAAGUUCGGUUUUUUUAAAGAAAAGGUUUCAUUCCGAUCUGUUACUUAGUUCUCAAGAACUCUUCUAAUAAUAUCCAUUAAUUCCCUUUUAAACUCAUUAUUUAUGUGAAGUACAAUGAGAAGAUCAAACAGUUCCUCAUUGAUACCUCGAAGGAUUUCCUCCUCAAAGAAACGCAGUUCGUCGGCAUCAAGAUUGGAACCUGCGAAAAGGUCGGACAUUUUUUACUCCGCUAAGAUAGGAACUCCUAAAAUUUCAACUUAUUCAAUUACAACACCAUGCCAGUUUUUAUCUUCUUCGAGCAAAAGAAGUAAAUCCAGUAUACAAAAAUUGACCAAUGUUCGACAACAUGCAGAACUUAGAAAGGUGAUGGAAUUCAUGUCGGAGAAUGAUAUUUUCAAUCCAGACUUGAUUACGAAGGAGAAACUAAAACCGCCUACAAUCGGUGGUUUUUUACAUUUCGUGAAAGUUCUGCUGGAAAAAAUCCUGCAAGACGUCGAAUUGACUCAAAAAAAUUAUGUUGAAAUGUUGCCGGAGUACAUGAAAGUCUUGAGAUACAAUGGGGUCGUUUCCAAGUCAAUGCUGAAAUCAGUCAACACUAUACACUCGUGGCCUCAUGUUUUGUCAUUGUGGUGCUGGUUGAUUGAUUAUGUUGAAAGUAUUUCACUAAAACCGACAGAAGAUGAAUUAGAUCAAAAGACAUUAACCCAACAGCUCGCACGAAAUAUUGUCUAUACAAAAUUCAAAUAUUUCCAUGGUUGCGAAGAUCAGUGCGAAGACGAAGAGAUUAAAAUUAUAAGACACAUCAAACACUUCUAUAAUUCUUCCAAUUUUGAUGAACAUAGGUACCAGGAAAUAAAGGCUCAAAACGAAAAAAAGGAGAAAUUACGAAACGGCCUUAGAAGACGAAAUUAGAUAUUUAACAGAGAAAAAUGAAUCUCUGCUGAAUAGGAAACGCCAUCUACAAAACAAAAUUGAGAAUACUUUCUUGGAAGCUAAAAAUGUUAAAGAAAAAUUUGCGAUUCAAUUCGAAGAAUUAAGAGAAGAAGAAAAUCGCCUAAAGAUGAAACAGAAGCAACACUUGUCUAAAAUAGCUGAAUUAAGGGAAACCAAACAAUUACAGAAGUACUCUCUUCAACAAAAAGAGGUUCUUCUUUCAGAAAUCGCCGAUGUUAAACGUAAAAUAGGCAAUGUUAAAGUUCGAAUUGGCGAUGCCGAAAAUUUGAAAGCUAGUAAAGAGAAGAUUUUGACGGAAAAAUUAGAUAUUUUGCAUUCUAAAAUUGUCCAAUAUAAUCGUUCGUUGAUGGAUUAUUAUUGUUUCCUAGACAAUGAAAUGCCCCAGAAAAUGAUUCUAGAAGAAACGAAUUUGAGAAGAGAAAGCCUUUUAGCCGAGAUUCAACAAAUAAAUGCAUUGCAAUCAAAAAUCAAAGAGAAUAUAAAAGAAGUUAUGAAAGUAGCUGAAAAGAAUAUAAAAAAAUCGGCAAACGAAAUUCGUCGUCUAGAAGAUGCAAUUACAAAUGAAAUGAAACAGAAAAAGUUAUCUGUAUUGGAGAAAGAUAGAAAGCAGGAUCAAUUAAUUCACUUGAGUAAUAAGAAAGAUAAGAUAUUAAAAGAUUUCGAAGAAAAAGAAGCCAAAUACAUUUCUGAUAUGCAAGAUGAGUUAAAGCUAAUUGAAACUCAGAAAGAAAAUAUCGCCGCUUUGGAAAAAGCAGAGCUCAAUUUAAAGUUGGAUUUAUUAGGAAUGGGUAAAAAUAGCGUGAAAUUUUUCGAAGAAUGGGCCAAACAAGCGCAUGAAGAAAUGCUCGAAAGGGAAGAAAUCGUCAAGAAAAUAAACAGGGAAGACGCAGCACUAAUGGAAAAUUUGCAAGAGUUGCUUGAUUACAUAAAUGCGCAUAUUGAUACUUUCUUGAAGAAAUAGAAGAGCUAUCUAUACAGGGUGUUCAUAAAAUAGAUGGAGAUAUUCUAAAUACUGGACAAAAUUGGUUUUUAAUUUUAAUCUAUUUAGGGUUAAUUUAGCCUCUUAAUAAAACAACAUAACGUUUCCUAAUUUCAACAGAUUCAAGUAAAUAUUUUUUAAAGAUAAUCAUUUUUUUAAUUCAACAUCCGAUAUAUUAAAAACUGCAUUUCCG